AUGGCAACAGGCAGCGUCGAAAACUCCGAAUACCGUCUGCUCCUGAUCAUCGAGUCUCGCGCGCUCCCGGUGUCUUACGUGUCGCGCACGCUCAGGGUCAUUCAGGCCGCCGUCCGCGAGGUCGCCAGGGGAGUUGGAGGCGGCGAUGCGAUGUUCGAAGGACAGCCCCAGCCCGCGCUGCUGCUGGACGUCUCGGUGUUGAACGGGUCCGAAAUCGAAUUCAGCCUCUAUUUCGCCGACCCAGCCGACGACACGCCCAUGCCUGAGCUUUCGACCCAGGCGUUCGAGCCGUUCAUGGAGGAGUUCGGAUUCGGAGAGUUGCUCAAGCAGAUGCCGCAACGCGGUCUAUGGGGCCGCAUGGCCCGCCAAACGGGAUCCCAUCGCUUGCAGACCGAAGCCGCCCGCAGACUGGACGAACUGCGCGUCGAGCUGCGUCACUUCAGGAAGGCCGUCCUGAUGCACCGGUCCCGGUCGAUCACGUUCGACGGCGAUCAGAUGGAGAUCGAGUAG